GUACUACCUCACGCGGAGCCGCCACCUCGAGCACCCGCACUUCGUCGAGGUGCCGGCGUCAUCCUCCUCCGAGGGGCUCUACCUCAGAGAUGUGAUUAAUCACCUCAACACGGUGCGCGGCAAGGGAAUGGCUGCCAUGUACUCCUGGUCUUGCAAGAGGAGCUACAAGAACGGGUUCGUGUGGCACGACCUCGCCGAGGAUGACCUCGUCCUCCCAGCAACCGACGGCGAGUAUGUGCUCAAGGGCUCCGAGCUCCUGGACCAACCUUCUUCAGGUCAGUUUUACCAUGGUAGUAAUGGCAACCAGAAGCAGCAGAGCAGGCUGAAAGAGAGUACAAGGUUGCCAUUGUCAAGGGAGGCUUCCUUUUCCUCCUCCCCUCCUAGUGUGACAGUUCGAGAAGCCAAGCCACGGCGUGCGCCUUCAGUGCCCUCGCCGGACGAGGACGGCUCCCCCUCGCCAUGCCGGGGCAACUCCUCGGAGAACAUGUCACCAGAGUCUGAGCCUCAAAGGACUGUCAUGUCAAGGGCUAGCCCCGUCACUCCGGCAGAAUUCAGGGUAUACAAGCCCACCGGCUCGAUGGAUGCCGCAACUCAAACCGAUGACCUUGGGAGAAGAUCGGCUCGGAAGGUACCUGAGAUGCAUAAGAAGAGCCUGAGCACUGAUCACGACUCGGUGGUUCGUGAAGUUACCGAGUACCGGAACCAGAGCUAUCCACGCCGAUCAGCAGAGCUCCAGGGCAUUUCCAGGGAUGUCAUGUCCCAGUGUCCUACUCCACUGAGCAUAGCUUCCACCCAUGGCAAGUCUGAAAGUCUAGAGUCGUUGAUACGAGCUGACAAUGCCGCGACAAACAGCUUCAGAAUUGUUGAAGAGGAUGACAUUGUUGUGCCGACCUGCCCGAAGCUGAGGCCAGCAAAUGUACUGAUGCAGCUCAUCACUUGUGGUUCACUUUCAGUGAAAGAUCAUGACAAUAUUGGACUUGUGGGGGCUUACAAGCCAAGGUUCCCGAACCUGAAGUUCCCCUCGCCGUUAAUUUCUCGCUCCAUGAUGAUGGGUGAGCUUGAUUACCUAUCAGAGAAUCCCAGAUUCAUAGGGACGCGGUUUGAAGAUAAGGAGUAUUUUAGCGGGAGCAUUAUUGAGACUAAGACGCAGAGAGACGUUCCCGCUGAGAAGCACUCAGUCCUUAAGCGGUCUUCUUCCUACAACGCAGAAAGGGGCAGUGACACCCUCUGUGACUGCGCAAGACCUGAUGAAGAAGAUACUGUAUCGCGCUCAAGGUGCCUACCGCUGACGCCAAUACUGUCGUCGUUC